AUGACCAACCUGCUCCAGCAGCAAAUCAGCGACGAUCUGGUCUGCACGAAACAUGUCACAGGCCGCGGCAAUGGGCUGUUCGCCACACAGGAGAUUGCACCGAAGUCACAGCUCCUUUUCAUUGCCCGGCCACUUCUGGUCGCGUUGGAGUCAGCCAAGUUACCGACUCACUGCUACUACUGCUACAAGUCCGGGAUCGAGCCGAUCAGCGCUCUCGAAGUCGACACGGGACACGCCUUGAAGACGUGCAGUAGGUGUAAGGUGGUUAGGUUCUGUGAUCGAAAUUGCCAGUCUCGAGCGUGGGCAGAGUACCAUCGACUCGAGUGCAAGCUCUUUGGCCGACUAUAUCCGCGAAUUCUGCCGAGCACGGUCCGUGGGAUUGUGCGAGUAUUGAAGCAGCACAAGGCAGCGCUGCUCCCAGAGUCGGAGUGGGAGCAGCUACUCGCUCUGGAAAGCCACUACGAUGACCUGAUCGGCGCGGGAGGGUCGCGCUGGCAGGAUAUUUUCAUCAUGAUGAAGGGGAUCAAAUCGUACUGUGGCACCGAUCACAGUCAGGAGACGAUCCUCCGACUGGCUUGUAUGUUGCUUGUGAACUCGUUCACUCUGACGACCCCGGCGUUCGAUUCCCUUGGGAUGGUCCUUCAUCCGCGGUCCGCGCUCGUCAAUCAUUCAUGCGAUCCCAAUGCUUUUGUGCGGUUCGAUGUCCCGCCCCGAUCGGACCAAGACGCUCUACCGCCGUAUGGGAGUAUAUCUCUGCACGCGCUCCGGGUCAUCUCGCCAGACGAGGAGGUCACGAUCUCGUACAUCGACACGACGUUCCCGCUGGCCAAACGACAGGAGGAGCUCAGAGACAGAUAUUUCUUCACCUGCGAUUGCCCUCUGUGCUCGCUCGGGUCACAUACAGUGGUGGACUUGUUCCAUCAAACACCUGACGCCAAAAUCAGGGAGCCAUCCCCUGCACACGAGUCAAUCAGUCCCACGGUCCUACAGGUUGGGGAUCAAGCCGAGCGGUGUCUCCUAGACGUCCAAUCCAAGAGCACCAUCUUGCACACGCAGGUCGACAACAUCAAGUCCGCCAUGAAGUUACUGGCCGGGACGAAAGUCUGGCCCCUCCACCGCUACCCGUGGCCCCAACUGCGUCAGGAACUGUUCCUCGGAUUGCUCGGCCAGGGGAGAUUCUUCGAGGCAACGCUCCAUUCAGCGAUCUUCGUCAGAGCCAUCCAUCCCGCGCUGUACACCCAGGCACAUCACCCUCUGCGGCUCAUGCAGUUGUGGACGCUGACCAGGCUGUGCCGGCGGUGUCUGGAGUCCAUGGUCUUGAAAGAGAAGAUAACAGAGGACAUACGCUUUGAUAUCCCCAUGCUUGGCCUUUUGAGCUGCGUGCUCGUCGGGGAAACGCACAGGUUGUUAAACGAUGGAGUCGUCAUGACGAAGGGACAACUUGAGGAACAGGUCACUGCCGCUUACGAGGCCCUGACCGCGGAGACCACGGGCGCGGAGGGAGGCGGUGGUGGCGGUGGUGGCGGUGGUGCUGCUUGGGCUGCACCGUACUUACGGAAUCCUGGAGACGCUCGCAGGACUGCUGUUUCCUGGCUUGACGCACAGGUGAGAGACUCGUUACAACGGGAAGGUGUUGCACGGGAUAUUGUGGACCAGGCGUUGAGCCGGCAAGGCUGA